UCCCAGUACGGACCCUACAACUACUGAGCAUGCGACCAGAUGAGGGACCUCGUGGCGGCGCACUUCGCCAACGCCCCCGCCCCGCAGGCACCCGCGCGCAACCCCUCCCCGCCAAAUCCCUACCCCUACAACAACACCUAUCGACAACCCUCCACCUCCUCCGUCGAAACCUACAACUCCCACCGGAAAAUAAAGAGACCUAAACUCGGUGAUAAGAAAGUCUACAGACCUGUCAGACGCCACACGCUAUCCCGAAUAGAUGAGACCCCCCCACAAACUUUGAACCGGCCAAGAUCGAAAUCCCUGCAACACUCCGGGGAUUUCUCGUCCACACGACCGAUGUUACGUUCUCGGUCGAACGUCUCCGCUGAUACAAGUCGAAGCGUACCCGUCUGUAACCAGAGUCGGGACAUAGAGAAUCAGGUAGAAAGCAUUAGUCCUCAAUACGCUGAGCCGAAAGGCUUUGACUCAGGUUCUGACGAAAGACCAGCUUCCAUGAUGGACUUGCCGAUAAUGGUUCCUCUUGACCCCGUGACGGGUGCGUAUAUCCCUUACCCGGAGUAUGCGUACUAUCACGAUGACGAUUGCAGAUUAAGCCGUAUGAAGUGGAGGGGCAAUAAGAAAAAAUCGUCUUCCAAAACUAACAACCUGUUCCUAGCCUUCAUGUACUGAGCGCGGAUGUUUGCAAGGAGUUAUACGAAAUGGUUUACGAGUUUCGAACGAAUGCCGUUAAAAAGUAUGACGCCCGCACCCAUGGUUUUUUUUUGUGUAAAUGUUUUCUCGGACUGUUGAGAUAAAAGUAAUUUCCUAAUUCAAGCUGAUUUGUUAUAAUUCGUACAUGUACAGAUAAUGUACGAGAUAAAGCCGAAUUAAUUUUAUUUCAGUGAGUCCUAAUCGCGAAAAUCUUCGUGAACUGUUGAAACAAUCAUACUGCUUUUAUAAUGGGUGACCCGAAUCUGGUAGAAUAUAUGAAUAAGUACUUAUUGGCACGUUUUAUAAUGGCAAAAGCAAAGGUUGUUCGAUGGCACGACGAAGGUGCUUCUAAAUAAAACAUUUAAGGCAGUCAAAUGCUCAAAUAUAUAUAGAUGUGAUACACUCGGUUGUUAAGGAAUUAUUCACUUUAUUAUUAUAAACAAGAGUGAAAAUACAAAAAAAAAUGAAUUCUGCGAAUACCUUAUUUGUAGUUAAAGUGGAUUUCUUAUAUGAGUACGCUUUAGUAAAUUUUUACUUUACAAAUAAAAUAAUUCCAACGAUUUACUAUGGUUUAUUACUAUGGAAAUAAAAAAAAAAAUUGGCUCUAAUUACAUUGUUUUGAAAAACUAGGAUUAUUGCUCUAUGGCCUCAAUAAACCCUAAAACACGUCAACCGAGUGCGGUAGGUAGGUAGGUUUUAAAAAUGACGUCACGUUACGGUGGUAAUAAAAACAAAACCGUCGAACAAACUUUUGCUUUUCCUCUGAGCACGGCUUUACGAAACUCUUAACACCGCCUUCGAAACUUGAUACGUUUCCAUUUUUUUUCGAACAAAAUGUUACGAAUUUAGUAAAUAAUAUUAUAAUAAUUAUGUAUAUCAAGGUCUAUUUGAGGAAAGUAGGUACUUUUUAAAUUAGGAGUAAGUCGUCCACGUCUCCGCCAUAAGUGUAUCGAAAAAAAAAACAAAUCUAUUAGUAAUUAAGAUCUUCUUUUAAGAUGUAAUAAUAUUUUAUUGAGAGAUAUAAAGGAUGAAUGUUUGAAUGUUUUGUAUCGGAAUCAGUGCCUUGGGACUAAACAAUGCUCAUUUUACAUAAAAUAUAUAUCUAUAUUGAGUAAGAAUAAAACAUAUCUUAUAGUAGUCUCUUAAUAGAACUCUUUAAAUAAAAUAAAACGAUUCAAAAUGGCGCCAAUUAUUCUAUUCUAUUCUCUUUGAGCAAGUUCGUAAUUCGAACAGGUUUUAAAUUCAAUAUGUUAAAAUUAGAUUAAACUCUGAGGAUUAAGCCUAAAGCUAAAAUGUCAAGAUUAAAAAUCAGGACGCCGCGCCGUUUCUUUAAAUAACAAUGUGAAAAGGAUGAACAUAUAAAAUGUGCUAACGCUAAUAUGUGCUUCUAUCUAAACUUUCUAUAAAGUAAGCGAGACGCAAUUAGAAUUAACGCCAUCUUGAAUAAUUUUGUUUA